CAACACCUUACCUUUUACUUAUUUUCAGACCCUAGCCCCUUCGAUGCCCCCUAUCCGACCUCAUUACUAAUGCGGCCGCGCAAGGCUCACACCAAAUCCCGCACCGGCUGUGUAGAAUGCAGGCGACGUCACAUCAAGUGCGAUGAAAGCCGCCCGCAGUGUAAGAGAUGCCGGGACUCGGCACGGGAAUGCGUGUUCACCACUGGAGAGCUCAAGAAUCAACGCUCAUUCUAUUCACCACACACCAUCGCUUCCUCUGCCACAACGAACCCUGAGACCUCGAGUACCACCAAUUCGAGCGUCAGCCCCUUCUCCGCUUCAUCAGCCCAGGAUGAUGCCUCCCCGGCGGUAUCCAUGCUCCAUCUGGAGCUGUACCACCAUUUCACCACCACCGUCUUUGAUUCCCUCGCCCAGCACCACGAGGGAUCUGCCACAUCCCUCGAAACCAUCAUUCAAGCCAGCCUCUCGACCCCCUACCUCAUGCACGAGCUGCUCGCUCUCGCAGCGCUCCAUCUGAGUCUGGUCCGUCCCUCUCAGGGGAGAUACUACCACACCCAGGCCACCCAGUUGCAAUGCCAGGCCAUCGCCCUCUUCCGGGCCCGCGAGGAGGAUCUCAACGCCGCCACCAGUCUUCCGACCUUCCUCUUCUCCGCCAUCCUGGGCACGCACGUGCUCUGCGAGACCCUCCGAUUUUGCACCGAGGGACCCAGUCUGGCCACUUUCCUCGCCCGGUUCGUGCAGUACACCGCUCUCCACCGCGGGGUGCGCGCCGUGGCCGGCCGCACGUGGGAUACCCUCCGCCAGUCCGCCAUCGCCGCCUCGUGGCGGGUCGCAGAGUCGACCCCGGGCGUCACACUGGGUGCCGUCCAGCAGGCCUUGCUGGCGCGCAUCCAGGCGGCGAAGCUGGGCGCCCUCGUCACGGACCACUACCGGCUGGCGAUUCAGUGCCUGCCGUUCAGCGGCGACAGUAGCGAGCCAGUCGCUUCACUGACCCCACAAGCAUCCUGCUCGAGGAUCAUCGCCUGGCCGGUGCACGUGCCUCAAGAGUAUCUGGACUACCUGGGGCAAGGCCGGCCCGAGGCGCUGGUCAUCCUCGCGCAUUACGCCGUGCUGCUGCAUCAGCACCGGGGGUUCUGGGUCUUCGGGGACGCGGGGGCUGGGUUGGUUGUGGUAAUCGCAGAGCACCUGGGGACGGAAUGGGAGGCGUGGCUUGCGUGGCCGCAGGCCUCUAUACUAGAGUCGUAGACAAGAAGAGGGCCAUCAUUGGGGUUUGGGGGGAAACAAU